AUGUCAAGCAUCGGAAGAUGCAUUGCACACGAGUUGGCAGCAUUGGGAGCAACCGUAGUCAUUGCAGCUCGUAAGAUCGAGCCAUUGAAGACUGUCCAGGACGAGAUCCAGAAACUGGGCGGGAACUGUGACACCAUGUUGCUCAACAUCCGAGAUGCCGCCAUGGCCACCCAAGUCAUCCAGGAUAUUGUCGCCAAACAUGGCAAGCUCAACGGACUUGUUAACAAUGCGGGUGGUCAGUUCAUGUCACCAGCUAGCCAGUUGACCAGCAAGGGCUUCUCGACUGUAGUCGACUUGAACCUGAAUGGGACGUUUAAUAUGUGCAAGGCUGCCUUUGACGGGUACAUGGGCGAGCACGGGGGUCAGAUUGUCACCAUCGUCGCCGAAACCAGGAACGGUAUCCCCAGAGCCAUGCACACGGGAGCAGCUCGAGCAGGAAUCAUCAACAUGACAAAGACGUUGGCGAUCGAAUGGGGUCCUUACAACGGCAUCAGGAUCAACUGUGUGGCGCCUGGACUUAUUAUCAGCUCGGGUAUGAAGAACUACCAUGAGACCAUGGUCGACCUCCUUGCACACUCUCACUGGAUGAACCCAACAAGUCGCUACGGGACUGAAUCCGAGGUGUCUGCAGCAGUCGCAUUCCUCCUCUCCCCCGCCGCAUCAUACAUCAACGGCGUCAACCUAGAAGUCGACGGUGGCAGCUCCCUUAGUAAAGGAAACCCCGAGGGUGACGAUCUCAAGUACAACCCAGAGGGCAGUCGUCACCCAGUCUAUGUCGGAUGGCCCGAGGGAGUCGACAAUGUCCACGGGAUCAAGCAUGUCGAUGCGCCAGCCAAGAUUAAUGAGUUGCUGGAGAAGUAUAAGGCUAUCGGGCGAAGCAGCAAGAUUUAG